AUUUGUUAACUGGUAACCCUACUACGCGACAUCAUUCGUAAAUGUCAAAUUUGUUAAUGUCAAAAAGUUUUGUCUAUUCCUUUUCCUGUCAAAUUUUCUCCUGAGAGAAACAAAAAUGGGUCGUUACUCUCGGGAACCAGAUAAUCCAGCCAAGUCAUGCAAGGCGCGUGGCUCAAACCUCCGUGUUCACUUCAAGAACACAUACGAAACAGCGAUGGCCAUCAGGAAACUGCCUCUACGUCGCGCUGUACGUUACUUAAAAAAUGUCACUGAGAAGAAAGAGUGCAUCCCAUUCCGCCGUUUCAACGGAGGUGUCGGCCGAUGCGCGCAGGCCAAGCAGUUUGGCACCACACAGGGUCGCUGGCCCAAGAAGUCUGCAGAAUUCCUGCUGCAACUGCUCAGAAACGCUGAAUCUAACGCUGACUACAAAGGUCUUGAUGUAGACAGGCUCGUCAUUGAUCACAUUCAGGUGAACCGCGCGCCAUGCUUGCGCAGACGCACAUACCGCGCGCACGGUCGUAUCAACCCGUACAUGUCGUCGCCGUGCCACAUCGAGGUGUGCCUGUCGGAGCGCGAGGACGCGGUGGCCCGCGCCGCUCCCGCUGACGACGCGCCCGCCAAGAAGAAACUCUCCAAAAAGAAGCUCGCGCGCCAGAAGGAGAAGAUGAUGAGAGAAUAGGCAUAUAAGGGUUAAUAAAGGACUUCUAUCAA